UUGUUACUUUACCGCUGAAUUUAUCCCUCGAUUUUUCGAUCCGAUCUUCACGUGAUGUCACCACUCAGAAAUAUCAAUUAAAAUGUUUCGCUAAUUCGCGUGUAUACCAACACAGUUUUCGCCAAUUUUCCAAGAAAAAAAGAUCAAUUGAAUUGAAUUGAAAAAUUUUCGCUCGCAUGUACCACAUAUGAUCUAUACCGUUUACGGACCGGCGUAUAUUACUUUUCACAUUAUCCACGGACGAGUGACUUCUUUUAUGAUAGAAAUCCGGAUGUUGGUUUGACCGUCUACAUCCUGCCUGCGUUUUUCCAGCUCGUGAUUUCUAAACGUUCAUUAUUGUAGUUCGGAAUACCGAGGUGACGAGUUAAAAGUGUUCAAACUAUUAGCGUGCAAUCUUAACCGCGGAUACUCGACAUUCGAUUUCAAUAUUAUCAACCGACAGCUCACGAAGUGUGUAAAGUUAUUCAACACUUUACCUCUUAAUUACCGGAGCUAAUUGCGUUAAUCGGUACAGUCUGCAGAGGAACUUUCAUUGUCACUCAUAUUCACUUAUUUUGCUGCGUUUAUCGUCCCCAUACAUACCGCAGACAUGACUGACGCACUCCUCGCCGACCUUCAGAACACAGUAUCACCUGAAGGAAACCAUGCCGGAAACAACGCGACUCCAGGUUACGGAUCACUCAAUGGCGCAAGAUCUCAUACCGGUGUUUACAGAGGCUACGACAAUCAAACAUCUCCGUUGCCACCUCAAUCGCCCACUUAUCAAAACCGGGAGGCGAUCGAAGAGUCGAUGUCGAGGACUAACAGUGCUCCAUACUCUCAGAAUGCCCAGGGAGGUAAAAUGCCAUCCUUGAAUAACAAUCUUUCGGAGUUGGAUACUCUCCUCCAAGAUCUUAGUAACGCUCACUAUAACACUCAUCUUCAGGAAAGAGACAGCAUAGGAUCAACGGGGAAGUUGAACGGAGGUGCAAACAGCCCAAUGUUACGCUCGCCAAGUAGCCUUUCAACAACGCGACCCACCGUUGAUUCUCUACUCGAAGAGCUAAGUACUGCAGUUCCUGCUGGUGAAUAUCCACAUGACGGUAAGGUCACCGUUACUAUCCAAGAAACAUCUACUGAGGUGCAACCAGUCUAUGAAGGAUAUUCUCAGGUUCAACGAGAAUCCUUGAUUACAAAAACUGAGCAGAAUCCAGGCUUCACUAACGGACACGCCGCCAGUAAUGCUACCAAGGAGCUGGAUGAUCUCAUGGCAUCACUUUCUGAGUUUAAGAUUAAUGGUAGCACUCAUCAACAUCAGACAGUGACUGACUCCCCGUACGCCAAACCAAAUAAAGCUACCAAGAGCUCGCCGAGUCCACAGCCACCAGAAGGGCCGCUGACCAGAAUCCACAUUUCAGAGACUCACACUACCCAUCAUUAUCAACCGCAGCACGGGGAGAGCCACCACGCCCAAGCUGCAACUCAAAUCAAACAGAAUCAAUUGGAUUCUAUGCUAGGAAAUCUUCAAGCAGACAUGAGUCGUCAAGGAGUUAACACAACCCAAAAAGGAUGCUGCAAUGCUUGCGAAAAGCCUAUUGUCGGACAGGUGAUCACUGCUUUGGGGAAAACGUGGCAUCCAGAGCAUUUCACUUGUACCCAUUGCAACCAAGAGCUGGGUACACGUAACUUCUUUGAGAGGGACAGUCAUCCCUACUGUGAACCGGAUUAUCACAAUCUAUUCUCCCCUCGAUGCGCUUAUUGUAACGGCCCAAUUCUUGAUAAAUGCGUUACUGCCCUGGAGAAGACUUGGCACACGGAGCACUUUUUCUGUGCUCAGUGUGGCAAACAGUUUGGAGAAGACGGUUUUCACGAACGUGAUGGAAAACCUUAUUGCCGCGAAGAUUACUUUGACAUGUUUGCACCAAAAUGUGGCGGUUGCAACCGUGCUAUAAUGGAAAAUUACAUCUCUGCUCUCAACAGCCAGUGGCACCCAGAUUGUUUUGUCUGCAGGGAUUGUAGACAACCAUUCCAUGGUGGAUCAUUCUUUGAUCACGAGGGAUUGCCAUACUGUGAGACACACUAUCAUGCAAAACGAGGAUCCCUUUGUGCAGGUUGUCAUAAGCCCAUAACCGGUCGCUGCAUAACUGCCAUGUUCCGUAAAUUCCACCCUGAACACUUUGUAUGUGCUUUUUGUUUGAAACAAUUGAACAAGGGUACUUUCAAAGAACAAAAUGACAAGCCAUACUGUCAUGGUUGUUUUGAUAAAUUGUUUGGAUAAAAACCAAUAAUCGGAUAUACAGAUGUAUGACGUAGUUUGUGCAUACUGUGUAUCAGAUAGAACUAUAUAUACUAAUAUUAAGCGAAAUAAGUUGUGUUUGAUUACCAAGGAUGUUUUAUGAUUUGCAUUUCCAGAAGGAGUUGCAUACAAAUUUUUACAGGAUCAUACAGGUGACACUACAAUUGUCGUCAUCAUCAGGUUUGAUUUCAUUGAAAUAUGUGUAGGUAUAGGUUCACACAAUGGGCCGACAUUUCGUGCUCAAUUCUGUUAUUUGUUGUACAAUUUUUAAUUUUGAUACAUAUUCGGCAACUCCUGGUUAGCUGCUUAAUAUUCUCGUGACUUUUAAUCUAAGAAGAGGUACUAAUUAGCUAUAGGUAUAGUUCGGUGGUGUACUAAUAGUUUGAUAUACUAUUAUAAUGAAAUUGCUAAUCCUGUAACUGGAAAACUGUUGUAGAAGGCCGUAGAAAUCUUGUUUUCCACCAACAUCCGAUAUGUAUAUUUUGAUGCUUACCGGGUACCAAUCAUACGUCAUCACAAUACCUUUUCUGUUAGAAUUUGUUGAAUAAUUAUGAAUCAUGAUAUAUUUAUGUACAGUUAAUAAUAGUUAUACAUAUACAACUGCUUUAUUCAUAUUUUAUUUACUGUUGCGUCUGUGUAACUAAUUAUCUUUAUAGUCAUUUCUUUGCUUCAUUUUCUACAGAAAAAGUAGAUUAGCGAACGUGACUUCAAACUUAUUUUAUUAAUGAUUAUAUUUGUAAGUUUAUACAAUAUGUAUAAACUAUUUAUAGAUGAAUUUUACAAACCACGUGAGAUGAAGUUGUCAAAUGAAAUCACAAAAAAUUCUUACUUCAUCUACUAUUCUGAGACUGCUCAGCUUAUUACAAUUAAUUUUAAAAACAGAAACUGUCUUAAAAUUAUACUAUACGCCGUUUUUUGUUAAAAAAUUGACAAUUAUAAUUCGAUAGAUGUAUGACUAACGAAAAUUUUUCAUAAAAUAUCAAACUGAUCUUAAUCAAAGUUAUGAUAAUUUACCAGAAAUAUCUGCGCUCGUUAAAGUUUGUGCCAACAUUCUUCUACAGAUACCUUGUAAUUACACGGUUAACUCGUAUCAAAUAUGGUUUGUAAGCACUUUCGCCACAGAGUCGAUGCCGCAUAAAUAAAUAACUAUUCAAUUGA